AUUUUGGGGGUGUGGCUUAUUAUAUUAUCUCACACUUACAUUUCAACAUUCUGUCUAAUUUUCUCUAUUCUUUAUGGCCAAAGUAGCUCCUAAAAUAGUAAUCCUAGAAGAAGGGGAAGACGAAGAGACGGUAUAUCUCUCUCCUAGUCCUCGAGCUUCUCUCGACGUACAAUAUCAUGCACAAGCAGUGCAUUUUCAACGAAUCGGCAGUCAGGCAGAUGCGGAAGACCUAGAUGAAGGUAGUCUCUCUGGCCAGGUAGGGACUCCUCACUCAUCUAGACAAGGCUCUGGCUAUUCGACAAAUAGGAGGGAGGCCACCAUUGCAAAGAUAGCUAGAACUGCCACAUUCGUACGUCGCUUAGCCCAAAGACAUGAUGAAAGUGUGCAAGGUCGCAACGAGCUUAUGCAGUCCCUCAAGUUCAACCACAGCAUGCCCAUGGACGUGAGGUCCUCUUGUUCUACUCCACCUCCAGCCUCUUUGAUUCUUGCUCAUGAAACAGAAGAAAGAAGAGAGCGACGGAGAGAAUGGUUGAGGGAUAAAAAGGCAAGGCUGAAGCGUCUCUGGCGAUUGUUUCGCUUCAAUCCAAUGAACACUCCGUUGCAUUGUUGGCUACUGGUUGUAACUCUCACUGUACUGUAUAAUGCAUUUGUACUCAUUGUAAGACAAACCUUCACACAACUGCAGGACGAGGGAUGGAAAUUAGGGAUAUGGUUACUACUGGACUAUACUGCAGAUACACUCUACGUCAUUGAUAUGAUUAUACAAUCUAGAACAAGUUACAUUGAUAAAGGAUUAUUAGUCAAAAAAACUCCUCAAAUGCUAAUGCACUACAUAAAAUCCCGUGCCUUUAAACUUGAUGUCGCAUCUCUGAUACCUUUUGAUUUCCUUUAUCUUAUUCCAGCUGUUGGCCCAGGCUACCUGAUAGUGAGACUCAAUCGUAUCUUAAGAUUCCAUCGUGUCUUUCAGUUCUUCCAUCAAGAGGAGAGUAGAACCAACUACCCCAAUGUCUUACGCAUUAUAAACCUACUGAUGUACCUGUCACUGUUCAUACAUUGGAACGCCUGCUUUUAUUUCCUCAUAUCCAAAGGGAUUGGAUUUGGAAGUGAUGAGUGGGUCUACCCCAAUACUACACUAGAAGGCUAUGACAGUCUCUCCCGUCAGUAUCUCUUCUCUCUCUACUGGUCGACACUUACACUGACCACAAUAGGAGAGCUCCCUGGACCGGUCAUUGAAGUAGAGUACCUUUUUGUCAUCUUCGAUUUUCUAGCUGGCGUCCUCAUAUUUGCAACCAUCAUUGGACUGAUUGGUGGAAUUAUCAGCAACAUGAACAUACGAAAGACUCAGUUUCAGCAUAGACUGGACAAUAUCAAGCAGUACAUGAGAUAUCGUAAUGUUGAUAAGGCGCUUCAGAGGCGAGUCAUAAAAUGGUUUAAUUAUUUAUGGACUAAUAACCAGUCGAUGGACGAGGCUUCAAUAUUAGAGUCACUGCCUGAUAAACUGCAUGCUGAGAUUGCUAUACACGUUCAUUUUGAGACUUUACAAAGAGUUAAGAUAUUCGAGCAAUGCGAGGCAAGCUUCCUUGAAGAACUGGUAUUAAAACUAACGCCACAAGUAUACUCGCCUGGUGACUUUGUGUGUCGAAAAGGUGACGUUGGUAAAGAGAUGUACAUCAUUAAGAAAGGAAAACUUGAAGUGCUAGGAGACGAUAACGAAACAGUAGCUACGCUGUCUGAUGGCUCUUACUUUGGUGAGAUAAGCAUACUCAAUAUAAAGAAGAAAGCUGGCAAUAGGAGGACUGCAAAUGUUAGAUCAUUAGGAUACUCUGACUUAUUCCGUUUAUCUAAAGCUGAUCUAUUAGAGGUUUUGGAGGAAUAUCCCGACGCCAGAUCAAUACUGGAAAGAAAAGCAGAGGAGACUCUUCAACGCUAUGGAUCAACUGAAGAACCAUCAGAAGAGGAGGAGGAGGAGGAGGAAGAGACUAUUGAUGAAGGAGAGGAAGGCGAGGCUCAAGCCGUUACAGAGGAGACAAACGUGAAAUUGAAAGAAAUGGAACAAAAAAUGCGACAACUAAAAGGACGAUUGAACAGUUUAGUAAACGAGUAUAACACAUUUCAGGCUAAGAUAAAACAAAGGGUCUCGGCACUAGAAGGAACAAGAUGAGUUUCUGUAAUUUUAGAUGGCAACCCAAUAAAUUUUUAUAUCACUUUCAUUCAAAUUUGAAUCUAUAAUAAUAAUAAUAUUUUUCUGAUUUGUAUCAUCGAAAUGGGAAAAAUGUAUCUGAAAGAAAGUAAAUUUCAUCUUUUUACAUUUG